AUGAUAAAUCAUGGACUUCUGGUAUACCUGCUGUUAACUUGAAGAGUGAAAAUGCUCGAUCAAGAAGUCGAUUUGUGGUUUGCAUGUCAGUGCAGCAACCCAGAAAACCCAAGGUUACAGUUUCACCCUUAACGCUAGAGGAUGCAAAAGAGCCUCCACUACAUUUAUACAAAAGCAAUGAACCAUAUACAGCAACCAUUGUCUCAGUUGAAACGAUUGUUGGUCCAACGGCUCCUACAGAAGCAUGUCAUAUUGUCAUCGAUCAUGGUGGCAACCUUCCUCAUUGGGAAGGACAAAGUUAUGGGAUCAUUCCUCCUGGUGAGAACCCUAAAAUGCCUGGCAGUCCCCAGAAUGUUCGUCACUAUGCAAUUGCAUCUUCCAGGUAUGGCGAUUAUUUUGAUGGUAAGACUGCAAGUUUGUGUGUUGGACGCGUUGUCUAUUAUGAUCCUGAGACAGGAAAAGAAGAACCCUCAAAGAAAGGAGCAUGCAGCAACUAUUUAUGUGAUUCAAAGCCCGGAGACAAAAUUCAGGUCACAGGGCCUUACGGCAAGAUGAUGAUUCUGCCUGUGGAUGAUCCUAAUGCCACCCAUAUUAUGAUUGCCACUGGUACUGGCGUGGCUCCCUACAGAGGCUAUCUUCGCCGUAUGUUCAUGGAGGAUAUUCCCACAUUCAAAUUUGGGGGCCUCGCUUGGCUUUUCCUCGGGGUUGCUAACAGUGACAGUCUUCUUUACGACGAUGAGCUCUCCAAGUAUCUUCAGGACUACCCGGAUAAAUUCCGAUAUGACCGUGCACUUAGUCGAGAAUGGAGGAACAAAAGUGGAGGCAGGAUGUGCGUUCAGGAUAAGAUUGAAGAGUACAGCGAUGAGAUCUUUAAACUUCUGGAUAGCGGAGCACACAUUUAUUUCUGUGGGCUUAAACGGAUGAUGCCAGGGAUUCAGGAUACACUCGAGAGGAUUGCGAAGGAGAAAGGGGAGAGUUGGGAUGAGAAGCUCUCACAACUGAAAAAGAACGGACAAUGGCACAUAGCAGUAUAUUGAUGCUGCUCAAGCUCUAGCUGAUUAUUACUCGAUAUAUCAUGGGAAAGUCGAACUUCACUCACGCUUAAUAUUUUGCUUCAACUCUUCAGCUUAUCAUGCAUACAAAUUGGGAAUUACCGAAAAAUAAAUAAUAUAAAGUACGUAAAAUUUUUGAGAUGAUUAAAAAAACCGUAUGAAUUAAAUUUGUAACAUAUUGAGCAUUCUUUGCUGUGAUAUUGGAUACAUGUUCCGGUGGAUAUGACGGUCGAUGA